CGCACAGUGGCUCCGCGCCCCGCCCCGCGCCGCCCCCGCCCCCGCGCCAUGGAGCACUUCAUCGAGACGGUGCGCAAGUACCCCUGCCUGUGGAACACCACGGCGAUCGAGUACCGCGACCAGGAGCUGAAGGACGCCGCGUGGGCCGAGGUGAUGAAGGAGACGGACCUCUCGUCGGCGAAGGAGGUGAAGUUGAAAUGGAAAAAGCUGCGCGACAGCUACCGCGACGCGCUCAAGCGGCAGAGCGAGAUGCUGGCUAAGGAGCCGGGCAACCCCGCCAAGAAGAACUACCCGUGGAAGUACAUGGGGCUCAUGCAGUUCCUGCAGCCGCACAUGAGCGUGCGCAAGAAGCCGGCGGCGGGCGGCGGGCCGUCGGCGCCGGCGGGGCUGCCGCCGCCCGCCAACGGCGACGCGGCUUCCAGCGACGAGUCCUCGUCCGAGCCCGACUCCACGCCGCGCACCAGCGCCGAGCGCCUGUCCGUCAUCGACCGCAAGCUGGACUUCCUGUGCAAGGCGCAGGCCCGGGCGCCCGCCGCCCGCCGGCCCGGCGCCGACGAGCGCAAGCGCGCGAGCCCCGACCCGCUGGACGUGUUCUUCGACGGCAUGUGCCAGUCCACCAAGCGCCUGCCGUUCCCCGCGCAGAUCCGCAUCCGGAAGACGCUGUUCGGCGCCGUCAUCGAGGCGGAGGAGGCGCUGGUGGCCGAGCAGCAGAGCUACGCGGCGCUGUGGGCGCGCGGCGCGGGCUCGUCCAGCAGCGAGCCGCCCGCCGACGGCGACGACCGCAAGCCCUCCUGAGCCGCGCCGCCGCGCCGCAGUCGCGCGCCCUCCGCCCCGCCCGCCGGCUCCUCCGGCGGCUCCUCCUCCAGCGACGACGACUCGGCCUGAGGACGGCGCCGGCGACGCCCGGUGGCCGGUGUUUCGCACCGAAUCAAGCGCGGGUUCACAGCGAUAACGCGCGCUAUAAUUACAUGGGCACAUGUAUUUUAGCUCAGAGACGCGUUGUUUAUAGUAUUAUGCUACUGAGCAGGGUAAUUUGCAUGAUGUUAAUAAAAUUUAAAUGAUGGAACUUGAGUUCCAUUGACGUGUAGCGACUUUUCGGACGCACUCACCGAUGAGUGCACAGUGUACCAAAAUUUUAUCGAACCGUUUUAAUAUUCGAAACGCAGGAUGAAAACUCCCUAGUGCCAAUUUUGUAUGAUUUUGGAAAAAACUUACACUCUAAAGUACCACAAUUUCUUUUUAAGUACAAAAAUUAAUAUAGCUCAAAAAAACGAAAUAUUUUUUGUGUGAAUCCUUCAGAAAUUUAAAAAAAUAUUUAUGGUACUUUGAUGCUUUUCUGUAACACGCCCGUAAGUUAGAAAACCGAAAUUUUCUUAAAACAAAUAUAACUUUUUCCUUAGUUAUUUCGCGUUAUUUGAUAGGAUCCACGUAGGACCUGAAGACCAUUUGCUAAGUUCAUUUGAAACGUAGGAUUUUACAAGAUUUCGAAACACUGCGCUGUGUGAUAAAUACCAAGUUAUUAGAUUAUUUUUUUACUGUAAUAAAAAAUAAAUUAGAUCGCUCGCUCCGUGCAGCCAAAUUUGUCGUGGAAAUUGUCAUUAGGUACAUACAUCAUACACCUCAUGGAUGAAUGACAUGAGUGAAGUUACAUCAAAAACGUGGGGUGCGAGUCAUGUACCCAGUUUACUACAAGUUUAGGUAGGUACUUAAUUCGGGUAUUGUACAGUGUCAAGAGCACGUCCAAACACGUCAAUUUUGACAAGUGCCAAGUUUCACUGUGUUCUUGACGAAUGUGAAGUGUCAUCGCGAGUACUGUGCAAACUUAUUAUGCGUUACUCGUAGUUUUAAAGUUUGUAACAAAUUUUGUCACUAUCAGCAAGAUUCUAAAAAAAAACCCUGAAAAGGCUUUAGAGGAAAGGAGAAUGCCACAUUAACUCGCGCCCUUUUAUUAAUAUAACAAUCUAAUCAGUACUUUUUCAAAACUUGUUUGUAUUUCGUAGCGUUCCAAAAUGUACAUAUAAUAAAGAAAGUCGGGCAGUAUAGCCGGGUCUUCACUUUACGAGUGGUGCACUCGUAGCGUGUAAACAUGAUCGCACCCCUCAUUAAAGAAUGGAAUAAGUGGAGUUACGUCAAAAAUGUUUAUUGCUCUAUUAGAUACAAAAAAAAAUAUAACUCAGAAUUGGAAAGUGGGUACUUUCCAAUUCUUGUAACUCUAUCGCCAAUAUUAGUCGGAAGAAUUGAAGGGGACAAAAUUAGUAAAAAUUUUUGACGUAAGGAGUGCGAUUGUAAUUCGAGCGCCAUCGGGCAUCGGCAUCCAAUCACUAUACGCUACGAGUACCGUCCGAGUAGAUAUCCGAGUGGACUCGGUACGAGCGUACUCAUUCUAAUUAUAAGCAGUUGAUAAGUAGGUAAGUAAAGGUACAUUAUCGACUAGGUUUGCUAGUUUUUGUUAGGAAACUGAUAUUAUCGAAUUUGUAAAAUGUUAUUAAAAUUUGAUUUGUUAUAGGUAGACCAACAUUCUUACAUUGGUUAAAAAGAACCGAGAUCAUUAUCUUUGUGAUUAUUCUAUUCAAUACGAUGUCAGGAAAUAUAAAUGAUGUUAAAUAAAAAACAAACCAC